AUGUCCGCUUUCUGCCUCGACCUGCACGCGUCGGCCGGGGUUUCAGCACCGCCCGAGCUGGACAGCGACGGUAUGGAGCAACCGGCGGUGGACCGAGCCAACACCACCGCACCGGACACGGCUGGGUUUCAGGGCCUCGGCAUGGUGCUGGAGGAGGAACUGGCCAUGCUCACCGGAGAUCAUCGGGAUGAUGAUGAUGAUGAUGACGAUGAGUCGCCGGACCCCGAGGCGCCCACACCGGGUCAAAAUACAGACCUGCUGUCGCUCUUCCGCCAAAAAGAGAAGGACUUAGUUUUAGCUGCUAAACUUGGAAAGGCACUGCUGGAGAGAAACCAAGAUUUGACUAAGCAAUAUGAGCAAAUGAACAAAGAUCUCAACGAUAAAUUAGAGCACCUGGAGCAGGAAAAACAUGAGCUGCGUCGGCGCCUGGAGAGCCGAGAGGGUGAGUGGGAGGGCCGCGUGGCCGAGCUGGAGACAGACGUCCAGCUGCUGCAGGGUGAGCUGGAGCGCCACCAGGUCCAGCUGCGAGAGGCUGACAGGGACAAGACCAGGGCAAUCGGUGAGCUCUCUGAGCAGAACCACAGACUACUGGAGCAACUCAACAGGAUUACGAUGUUGUCCGAAAGGAAGAUGGAGCUGGAGCGCCGGGUCCAUGCCGUGCUAGAGGAGAACGAGCUGCUGCAGAACACCGUGGAUGACCUUAGGGAGAGGACGCUGGUGCUGCAGAAACAGUGUCACGAGAAGGACCUACAGCUGCGUCAGAGCCAGCUGGAGCUCCAGGAGGUCCAAGUGUCUCACAGACAGUUGAGCACCCGCCUGGAGGAGCUGACCGAGGAGCGAAGCCUCCAGGGCCUCACCCCACACCCCUCCAACCUGCUGUGUGAGAUAGAGCAGAGCAUGGAGCAGGAGGAGCAGGAGCAGGAGAGGGAGCAGCUGCGUCUCCAGCUGUGGGAGGCCUACUGCGAGGUGAGAUCCCUCUGCUCCCAUUUGAGGGGCAAUGACAUCACAGACUCAGCCCUGUCCACCGACUCGUCCAUGGACGAGUCCUCCGAGACCUCCUCAGCCAAGGAUGUGCCUACUGGGAGCCUCCAUGCCAGCUUACUGGAGCUACGGAGGCUAACACAGAACCUACUCGAUGGCAACGAGUCAACGGGUUCCCGGCGUAGUGAUGAGGAGGCUCUGGAGGAGCAGGUGAGGAAGCUGGGGGAGGAGCUAAGGGAUGUCAGAGAGCACUACGAGGCCGAACAGGAGAAAAAACGCAGCAAAGAAGAGGAGCUGCUACAGCUACACAAUCAGAUGGCGCUGCUCUCCGUGGAGAUGUGCUCUAUCCAAGAUGACACAGAACGGAUGAGAGCAAUGGCUGAAGCGAGAGAGCCAAGUGAACAGCUCCAAAGUGCUAUAAGAGACAGAGAUGACGCCAUAGCCAAGAAGAAAGCUGUAGAGAUGGAGCUGGCCAAGUGCAAGAUAGACAUAAUGUCUCUGAAUAGCCAGCUUCUAGAUGCUAUCCAGCAGAAGCUCAAUCUUUCACAGCAGCUGGAGGCCUGGCAGGAUGAUAUGCACCGAGUGAUUGAUCAGCAGCUGAUGGACAAGCACCAGGAUGAAUGGCGCUCCACCCCGUACUCCCUGUCAGGGUCUUCUGGAGCCCACGGCAGCCAGUCCUCCAGACGAGCUCACCGCAUCUCAGAGGGUGACAGGAGGCUUUUCUCUUUCUUCAAAAAGAACUGA